CACAAUGUCACAGCCAUGGUUGGAGCUGGUGUUCUUGGUCUCCCCCAUGCCAUGUCACAACUUGGAUGGGGUCCAGGUGUGACUUUACUUAUCCUUUCAUGGAUCAUCACAUUAUACACAUUAUGGCAAAUGGUAGAAAUGCAUGAAAUGGUUCCAGGAAAACGUUUUGAUAGAUACCAUGAAUUGGGUCAACAUGCAUUUGGUGAAAAAUUAGGUCUUUAUAUUGUGGUGCCUCAACAACUUAUUGUAGAAGUUGGUGGGGGUAUUGUCUAUAUGGUCACUGGGGGUGCAUCAUUGAAGAAGUUUCAUGAUACAGUUUGUCCAAGUUGCAAAAAGAUUAAAUUGAGCUUUUUCAUUAUGAUAUUUGCUUCUGCUCAAUUUGUAUUGUCUCAUCUACCAAGCUUCAACUCCAUUUCUGGUGUAUCUUUGGUUGCAGCAGUCAUGUCCUUUUGUUACUCUACAAUUGCUUGGACUGCAAGUGUACAUAAGGGAGUACAAGAAAAUGUGCAAUAUAGUAAAAAGGCUAAAAAUACUACAGAAUUAGUCUUUAAUUUCUUUAAUGCACUAGGCACUGUUGCUUUUGCUUAUGCUGGACAUAGUGUGGUAUUGGAAAUCCAAGCAACAAUUCCAUCAACACCUGAAAAACCAUCCAAGGUUUCAAUGUGGAGAGGAGUUAUUGUUGCUUACAUUAUUGUUGCUUUGUGCUAUUGGCCAGUUGCUAUUAUUGGUUAUUGGAUAUUUGGCAAUGAGGUUAAUGAUAACAUUUUAAUCUCUUUAGAGAAACCAUCAUGGCUUAUUGCAAUGGCAAAUCUAUUUGUUGGUUUCCAUGUAAUUGGAAGUUACCAGGUUUUUACGAUGCCAGUGUUUGAUAUGAUUGAAAGUGUUUUGGUAAAGAAAAUGAAUUUCAAACCAAGUUCACUUCUUCGUUUUGCUGUUCGGAAUGUAUAUGUCGCAUUCACAAUGUUCAUUGCUAUUACCAUUCCAUUUUUCGGUGGUCUAUUAGGAUUUUUUGGAGGAUUUGCUGUUACUCCAACAACAUACUUUCUUCCAUGUAUCAUAUGGCUGAAAAUUCACAAACCUAAGAGAUUCAGUUUGUCUUGGUGUACUAAUUGGAUAUGUAUUAUACUUGGUCUAUGUAUAAUAAUUUUAGCACCUAUUGGAGCAUUGAGGAGUAUUAUACUUGACGCCAAGACCUACAAAUUUUACUCAUAA